AUGUCUUCGUCGUCGUCGCAUCGCUACACGGUGUCGCUCUACCGCUAUGACUUGACACAGGGCAUGGCACGCAGCCUCGGCCCGAUGCUGAUCGGGCGCGAGCUCGAGGGCAUCUGGCACACUUCCAUCGUUGUGUACGGAAAGGAGUACUACUUCGACGGAGGCGUCGGCGUCGUCAGCGACCCGAAUCCUGGCCACACACGCUUUGGUCAGCCGUAUCGCACUGAGGUGCUUGGACAGACGACGAAGCGAGAGGAAGAGUUCUGUGCGUGGACACGGCAGCAGCACCGCGCCGGCUUCGGCCCCAACGACUACCACAUUUUCGACAACAACUGCAACAGCUUCUCGGACGCGGCGAGCAUGUACCUCCUGGGGCGUCACAUCGCACAAGACGUGCUUGAAAUGAUCCCGACGUUGCUCUCCACUCCCGUAGGGCAGAUGCUGCGACCGAUGCUGGAGCAAGCCACGUUCGGCGGUGCAGGCGUCGCCGCCACUGGCAUGGUCGCUCCUUUCAGCUCUUCCCUCGCGUCCCCACCGCCUCCGGUCAUCGGUGGCGGUGGGGAUGCGUGUGCUGGGCUGCUGAGCACUCGUCAGACGGUGACAGAGGCGGACGAGGAGGACUUGAUGGUGGCGCAGGCAAUGCUGGAGAGCAAUGAGACCAUAGCGGACGGGCAUCUUAGCCCUGCGGAGGCGUUUGAGAACACCAUCAGCGGCGUCACGCUACUGCGCAUGGUGAUACUGAAUAUCUGCGAGCACCCCAGCGAUGCCAAGUACCGGGCACUGUCUACCGAGAGCACGGCUUACCAGACGAAGCUGAAGCCGCUCGAGACGUAUGGGGUGACGGAGCUGCUGCGCAUUGCAGGCUUUCGCCGCCGUCCGCACAGCAGCGGCACCGGCGGUGAGCAGUGGUUCCUGUCGGACAGCGAUGGCAGCGGAGCUGUGCUGCGUCGUGUGGCGGAGGUUCUCGAGGCAGCCAUCGUGAACAUCCAGGCCGCUUCCGACGAAGCGGCCGAGAGGCGAGGCAGACAUAAGAGUGCAGGUGUCGCAAACAAAGAGACGGGGAGUGGUUCCCCGGCUCAUUCGCCAUGCCCCCCUUCUCCGCCUGCUCUGGCAUCCGGUGCUGCGCCGGCAGCGGCUCAUGCUGAGGCACCGCUCAAGGAGCCUUCGCCAAGGACGGUGAAGGACGGCUGCGAUGCGCACAAGAGAAAAAUUGCCAAGUUCUGCCUGCCUCCGUUUCCGGAGGACUGGAUCCCGCUCCCCGUUGGCAGGGAAUCAGGGGCGCCACUCUUCUCUAUCCGCUGCCGCGUCGCGAGUACUUCAGAGUGCCCGUACUGCUUCGGCAAGUGCCGCCUCACCGAAAAUCUGGAGCACCUGAAGGCGUACUACUGCAGCAGCGACGGCAGAGAGGUUGAGAUAUACGACAGGUACAAGGUUCUCUGCGUGUGGCGUGGGGAGGACCAGGCGCUGACGUGGGUGCCCGCGUUGUUGGCGUUCGCGGCACAAGCUCAGCACAGCACACGGUUCAUUUUCUCGGCCUACGGUCACUUUGGUGUUGCUCGGGCCGAGUAUGGAGGCGGUGUGCACCCCGGCGUCAUGGAGCCGUCUGGCCGCUGCGUGGUGCCCUACGGCGGACGCGCCGUCGUCGUUACCAACGACGCCGAGGUACUCUGCGAGACGGCCAGGCUGCCACCGUCGGUGCUGCGGGAGUUGAAGGCACUUGAGCGCGGUACGCAUUUGGCCGAGCUGUUGCGUGCCGCUAGCGGCCAGCCGAUCGACUCCUUUGACGAGCUCCUGCACACAUGGCAGCCGCCGACGUUUUACAUGAAGCCGCGCUCACUGUGCCCGCACACUGUUCUCGGACCGACGUCGGUAGCGUGGGGUGGAACAGGAGACGCCGCCAAGAGGAGUGCGGUCGACAUGGCAGGCCAAGAGCCUUCCUCGGCUAUCAAUGAGUCAGCGGCAUACAGCGCGUUGCCGCUGGCGCCGCGCUUGCUUGUCUGCCACGACAUGUGCGGAGGCUACACACGCGCCGACCGCCGCGUCUUUCUUUGCGAAGGCGCGCCAGCAUCUGCCACCGCAUCUGCGGAGGGGGUGGGCAAGGAUGGUAGGACUACUCCGUACGUGCGCCUGGAGACAGUGGAGGGCGCGUACACGGUGAGCUACUGGAAUCUCGCUGACUACUUUGUGUACUUCUCGCAUAGGCGGAUUAGCGUGCCGCCACGUGAGUGGAUUGAAAAUGGCCACAGUCACGGUGUGCCAGUGCUUGGUACUCUGAUCACCGAGGGGGACGGCGGUGUUGCGGACCUGAAGCUGCUCUUAACAGAUGCGAGGCGCAUGGCUGCCAUCAUUGCUCGCCUGGUGGACGUGUGUAAUACCUACGGCUUCGACGGCUAUCUCUUAAACAUCGAAAACGCACUCCCACCGAGCCUGGCGAAGCGCCUCGUCGUCUUCUGCACGUUGCUCCGCAAACAGCUAAACCGCCCGUAUUCGGCAGCGCGUGGCGCAUCAGCUGCUGCCGCCGCCGCCACCACCGACCGCCUCGUUAUUUGGUACGAUGCGGUCACCAUUGAGGGGAAGCUGGAGUACCAGAACGCACUCAACUCCUACAACAAGCCGUUCUUUGACGUUAGUGAUGGCAUCUUCACCAAUUACUUCUGGGAGCCAAUGCAGCUGGCGCAGAGCACGACGGUCGCCGGCAACCGGGGCACCGACGUCUACGUCGGCGUGGACGUCUUUGGCAGGAGUAUGUAUGGCGGGGGCGGCUACCACACACACGUCGCUGUCGCCGAGGCCGUGCACGCGCGCCUGUCGGUGGCGCUUUUUGCCCCUGGCUGGACGAUGGAGUGCGAGAGCCACGGCAGGCGCGACGGGUUUCAGAGGGCGGAAGGCCGGAUGUGGUUCCCUAUGCAGAAGAAGUUUUCCUAUCACGCCCGGGUCAUCUGGUCCACAGGUGCCACCGCAGGUGCCCCGCAACAGUCCACCGCGGCUGACGCGCGGGAUGCACGCCACAAGCAGGCGCUGUGCCUGUGGACUUCAUUUCAGUCCGGUGUGGGCUACGACUUCUACGUCAACGGCCACCGUGUGACCGGAGGCGACGCUGCCGCUUCCGUGGUGGGCACCAGCGGCUGGUGCGAGGUUUCUGGGGCGCACGACCUCCCUCCAUUUUUCUUCGAAGCGCCUCCGUCGGCCCCGCCCAGUGGGGCGCUACCGCCUGCCGCGCAAGGGACGGCAUCGGGCCACCGCGGCCCCUUUGCCGCAGUUCCGAUUCGGCUGCCGGCGGCACCGGUCAAGGGCAACUUGCAGGACCCUGUCGUUCGUGCGGAGUGGCGCUACGACAAGGCUUGGUUUGGAGAUUGCCAUCUCGCUUGUUUCGUGCCGCCAAUGGAGGCAGCCGAGGUGGUACGGUGGUACGUGCGCGACGCGCUGCCGGCGACCUCCUUGACCGAACUUCACAUUGAAAUUGUGUUCGACCGGACGGCCGAAACCGAGGAACGGGCGGGAAUGCAACGUGGACUGCAGCUGGGUCUGUUUUCCUUCACGCGUGGCGCCUUCGAGAUAUGCAUGUGGGAGACAACUGCGGUGGCGGCUGCGGUGGAGGUGGAGGGCGUCAGCGGCCUCGUCGCUCGUGCGUCGCUAACGAGAGAGGGUGGGAGUGAGGGAGAGGGCAAAUCGACACGGGUCACGUCGGGGUGGGAGCGGGUGCACUAUCAGCUGCGCAACACCUCAACGGAGCCGCUUCACUUGACGUCUAUCUCCGUUGCUAACGGAGACCCCCGCCGAACGCUAGACUGCGGUGUGGGUGGCAUCGCCAUCUCUCACUGGCGUGCGGGGACGCCUACCAUGGCUGCUAGCGCAGCCGCGCAGGCAGCCUCGCCAAGGCGACACUCCAUCUUGUGCGCUCAUGGGCCGCAUCCCUGGAGGCCCCACCACACCUUCCGCACGCGAAAGGCCUCCGAGCAAGUGCUUGCUCUCGAGGGCGCGGACGACGUAUUUGCGCGUCUUCGCGACAAGCACGGGCUUAAUGCGUCUAUCGUUGUGUUUGCUGGCGUCUCCGGCGCGACGGCGGGGCUCGGAGUGAGCGGCUCUACGAGCGCAGAGGCAGAAGAUGAGCAUGCUGUGGCUGCGGUGUCGCCAGACAGACGACGCCGCGAGGUGUGCCAUACAAUGUACGUGGGGAAGUACUCUAUCCAUCCUUAUGCUGCCGCCACCUACGAGGGCUCCCUGCUCAUUUCAGUGUCACUACCAUCCGGCGUCACUGUCGAAGAGGUGGAGUACUACACCGUGCAAAAUGAGUGCUGA